GUGUCUCUCGUGUCUCUCAUUUUACCAUUAAUCUUAGUGACACACUCAUCUCUUCCCUUGCCAUUACCCCUGAAAUACAUUUAAACCCUCAACACCUAUCCACAAUGGACGCCCCCUCCUGCGAAUGCAUUAAAGGCACCAUCCACGCGGGCCAACCGGUGGGCAGCGAAGAACCACUGCACGGUCUCAACGUCUACGUGACCGGCAACCGCACCAAUCCCCGCGCCAUCAUCGUCGUCUACUCCGACAUCUUCGGUCUCCCUCUCCCCAAUAACCGUCUGAUUGCCGAUGCAUAUGCCAAGUCCGGCGAGUAUCUCGUCUACCUCCCGGACUUUUUCGAGGGCGAUCCCGUUCCCCUCAAGGUGGCCGACACUUUAUUGCCGGUCGACGCCAGCAAGCAGUCCACCCUGGCCAAGUACACGGGUCUCUUGGCCGCGGCGCCUUCGUUUCUCUUGUGGAUGCGACGACACCGCGAAGCCCACUGCCAGAAGGUGUGUUUCGACUUUUUAGCCCAGUUGAGACGGGACACCCCGUCCGAUCGAAAGAUCGGGAUGGUCGGGUUCUGUUGGGGUGGCAAGUACGCGCUUCAAGCCGGUCGCGAGCGAAAUCAGAUCGAGGUGGAUGGCGGGAAGAAGGUGCCAUUGGUGGAUGCCGUCGUCGCACUGCAUCCCAGCCACGUUGCGUUGCCGGGGGACGUGGAGGAUCUGAUGGUGCCGGUGAGUGUGGGGUGGGGGUUGGAGGACCAAGGGGUGGAUAUUGCUCAGAAAGGACUGAUGGAGGAUGUGCAUGAGAAGGAGAAGAAGAACGGCAGACAGUUGCCUGAGAUCCAGCACAAGGUGUAUAAGCCGGGGAGGCAUGGAUUCGCCGUCCGGGGAAACCCCGAGGAUCCUUUAGAAAGGGCCUGCUUGGAGGAGUCCGAGAAGCAGGUAUUGGAUUGGUUUGCUCGAUGGCUAUGA